AUCUUAAUUUGUAAAGAAUGCCCUCUAUGCUCACUCGAAUAUUCUUCUUAUUCCCGCGCUUUAUUUACCCUUAAUCCGCCGCACUAAUUAAAUUCGUUUCUAGCCAUAGAAUUAUCCGUUUGGGAUCCACUGUCUAGUUAAUCCAACGGCUUACAUUUUACCAAAUUGCAAAAAGAAACUUGAAUGGCUAUGCUUUUAACUUACCAUAAAACUCAAAAUACAGAGUAAUAUUCUUUGGCAUCUUUAGUUCUGUUUCCCAACUCCAAUCUACAAAUCUUUACCACUAUAUAAGGCUCUUCAUCUAUGUGUUCUUCUCACUUCAAACUCAAACAAUCUUUGUGUUCAGCAAAAAAAAAAAAUCAGAAGAGGGAAUUUUUCUCUCUGUUUUGUUUCAUUCGCCUAAAAACACCUUUGGUUCAAUCAAAAGAAAUGGCCGGAAUUGUUGUGGUUUUUGAUUUCGAUAAGACGAUCAUCGAUUUGGACAGUGAUAAUUGGGUGGUUGAUGAAUUGGGUGCUACCGAUUUGUUCAAUCAACUUCUUCCCACCAUGCCAUGGAACUCUGUUAUGGAUAGGAUGAUGAAGGAACUUCAUGAACAAGGCAAAACUAUCAAGGAUAUUGAAGAAGUAUUGAAACGUGCACCUAUAAUUCCACGCGUAGUUUCCGCCAUUAAGGCGGCUCAUGCUUUAGGGUGUGAUUUGAAAAUAGUAAGCGAUGCGAAUCUCUUCUACAUUGAGACGAUUUUGAAUCAUCUUGGAAUUUAUGAUUGUUUCACAGAGAUCAACACAAAUCCAGGAUACGUUGAUGAGGAAGGGAAACUAAGAAUCCGUCCUUACCACGAUUUUCACACUUCCUCUCAUGGUUGCAGCUGCAAUGUUUGCCCUCCCAACAUGUGCAAGGGCCUGAUAAUAGAAAGAAUACAAGCUUCAUUGGCUAAGGAAGGAAAGAAAAGAAUGAUCUAUCUUGGUGACGGAGCAGGAGAUUUUUGUCCAAGCUUGAAGCUCAAAGAGCAAGAUUUCGUUAUGCCUAGGAAAGACUUUCCAAUAUGGAAAUUAAUAAAUGAAAAUCUCGAUCUCAUUAGAGCAGAAAUCCAUGGAUGGAGUGAUGGAGAAGAGCAGGAACACAUUCUCCUUCAGAUAAUUAAAGCGAUUACCGUUGAAGAGAACCCAUUUUUAUCAGUUGAUUGCAAGUUUCAGACGAUUCCGAUUAAUGCAGUUCAUGAAACCUUGCCAAAAGCUCUCCCAGUGCCUUACUAAUUAAGCUUUGAUGACAAUAAGAGCAUAAUGUGUGUGUGUGUUGAGUGUUGAUGAUCAACAUUAGAAAGAGAUCAACUGUGACAGCUAAUAAACUGAUUAAGAGUUGGCUUUAAUUACUUGUAUUUUAUGCUUUAUUAAAAGUGCGCCCUGGUUUGGAGCCUUUGAUUCGGGCUCUUAAUAUCGUGGGGAUGUAACAGUACUGUUGACAACAUAUAAUAGUACAUCUAAUAUCAUCUAUCUCACUUUUUAAGUU